AUGGCUGGUUUGCUUGCUAAAAGAAAUAGAAGAACGAGAUUACCAUUACACAUUCUCGUCGGAGCUUGUAAAGAACUUGUCAAACCGGAUAGUUUGGACAAAGAAGUGAGUCUUGGCCAGUCCACCUUGCUGAUUCCAAUGGGCAAGGAAAAUGAUCCAAAACUUAAAUUCGAUCGUUCAACUGAACCAUGUCACAUUCCUGGCUACCACGGAAGAUUUCUUUAUCAAGUAAGCGUCGUCGACAAGAAAGAAUAUGAUGUUACUGAACACAUCGAAAAAGACGGCUUCCGAGUGAUUCAUCAGAUGAAUUUUGCAAUACAGCACAUGAAGAAAUGGUUUGACUUCAAAAAUUCACCCGAUGUCUGCGCAGAGGGAUUCGGAGACGACUGUGACUGUUCAGAAAAGAUUCCACUGAUGCGCUGGAUGGACGCUGUCCAAGACGUCGUGUUGAGAGAUCUAAGAAAGAUCAACCUCGGAAACGGGCGAUAUACACUUCGACCAUCGCGGGAUAAUUUUUUGCCAGGAACUCCAUGCUAUAUCGACUUGCGAUCUUUGACGAUGGAAUAUUACGAACCGCUGAGAAUUAUUCAAAAUAAGACACCAAAAUUGAAAGAAAUCGAGGAAUUGCUGGCGAAAAGAAAUCAGGAAGCACAAGUUUAUCUUCUUAUUGGCGAGUACGAUCCUGAGUCUGCCGAACAGUGCCAUAGCAAACAUAACAUCGUUCAAAGAAAAAAUAACUAUCUGGAGCAGGACCACACCUUGUUGAUUCCAGUCGGGAAUGCGCCGCAGCUUAAAUUCAAGGAGUCCAAGGAACCAGCUAAUGUCCAAGGGCUCCAAGGAAGAUUCAUUUACGAAAUAAACGUCAUCGACAAGGAAGAGUACCAGCUUCCUGAUUGGGUCGAGGAUGAAGAUAAAAAAGCUCAAGAAAAAAAGAACUCGAAAAAAGGAAAGAAGAAAAAGCCAGCCAAAAAAUGCAAAAAGCCAAAUCAGCGAAAGGAAGAAAAUUUUCUCGCUAAAGCGAGUCAGCUUGCAAAUAGUGAAGAGAAGCCCUUUUCUGGGGAAUCUGGUGUUCCUGCUUCUCAGCUCGAGCUGGAUAAUUUUGAUAAAGCAGAAUGGCUCACAAUAGGAAGAUCAAAGCAAGUAAAAACCAACUGUCAUAAGCAAGUGGCCGCAAAACUUGUCGCGAAAGAAUCUAAAAGCCAGGCUGACUCGGAAAAUGCGAACAGAAAACAUGAUAAAGCGAAGAAAAUCAAGGCCGUUCCCGUCGUAGUCUCGCCAGAACAAGCUCUGAAGGAUGAAAAUGCUGCGCUCAAGGAAGAACUCAGAAGGCUCAAAUUGAAAAUUGAAGGCCUCGAGACUUGCCCGAUCUGCUUCGAACCGUUCGACGACGACAAACACGCCAAAUACAUCAAUCCCCAUCCAUGUGGACACGGCGCCUGCUGGACUUGCAUAAAAAUGGAAUUCUCCCGGCAGCGAAAACCAAACCAAACGAAGUUCUACUGCCAUCUCUGUCAGAACGAGAUUCACGAGGAGAAUAUUACUCGAGUUUUUAUGUGA